GCAGGGUGGCUUUGUGUGUUUCUUUGCCUGCUUUUCUGUUCUUAUCUAGUGUAGCAUAGCAUAGUUUAGUGAAGUUUGUGUUUCUUGCAGCAUAACUUUGUACUAAUAGUGUAGUCUAGUAGAGUGUGACAAAGUAUCUGUAUGUGUGUGUGUGGUUAAAGGUGGGGGGGGGGGGGCAUAAAGUAUCUGGGCCGUCAUGGUGUAACCGGCAUUAGCUUGUACAGAGGUGCCAUUUGCAAACUGUUUGUAUGCAGCUUUAUAGAGGGAAAACUAGCUGUUUAUUAUUGUAUUGAUGCAUUUGCAGGUAGAGUUUGUGUGGCAAGGCAGAAGUGUGUGUGUGUGUGUGGCUUGCUUGAUCAAGCAAAGUGCGGGGGAGUGUUGUAAGCAGUGCCGUAGACUGCCGAGCUAGGGCGCAGCAGCAUGUCCCUGAGGACUGAACUCCUGAAGUCGGUGUGGUAUGCUUUCACCUCAUUGGAUACAGAGAAAAGUGGGAAGGUUUCCAAAUCCCAACUCAAGGUGCUCUCUCAUAACCUUUAUACUGUUCUGUGUAUCCCUCAUGACCCUGUAGCUCUAGAAGAUCACUUCCGUGAUGAUGAUGACGGUCCUGUAUCUAGUCAGGGGUACAUGCCGUAUCUGAACCAGUACAUACUAGACAAGGUUAUAGAGGGAACCUUUGUGAAAGAAAGUUUCCAUGAGUUGUGUUGGACUCUGACAGCAAAAAAAAACUAUCGCCCAGCUGGGACACCACUCGCUAAUACAGAUGCCUUCCGGCUGUGGUGCCUCUUCAAUUAUUUAUCUGAAGAUACUUACCCUCUAAUCAUGGUCCCAGACGAGGUACAGUACCUACUUCAGAAACUGCUGGCCACAGCACGGAUGGAAACUGGGGAGGUAGAAUUGGGAGAUGUAUUAUCCCAAAUGGGCCAAGGAAUCUCAGUAUGGCAAUUCUUGGAACUGGUGAAUUCACCUGCUAUCAUGAGGGGAAUAAAUGGGGAGACGAUGAGUAUGGCUAUCCAAGACCUGUAUGAAGAAAUCAUUCAGGAUGUACUAAAACAGGGAUACCUAUUAAAGAAAGCCAACUUACGUAGGACGUGGACAGAGCGUUGGUUUGUACUAAAGCCAAGUACUUUAUGUUACUAUGUAAGUGAGGAAUGCAAGGAAAAGAAGGGGAGUAUUACUAUAGACAAAGACUGCGGGGUAGAGGUUCUCCCAGAUAGGGAUGGGCGACGCUGUAUAUUUUGUGUUAAAACAGCCACAAAAACUCAUGAAAUAAGUGCAUCUGACACCAAGCACAGACAAGAGUGGGUGUCAGCUAUCCAGACAGCUAUUCGGCUACACCAGUCAGGCUCUCGAUCCCUACACAGAGAGCUUCAAAGCAAACGACGAGAGCAAAGAGAGCAGCGCGAACAGAGGAGGCUAGCACGGGAGCAAGAGAUGCAAAGGCUGACUGAGCUGCAGAGUGAGAGGGAGAGGCAGCAACAGGAACUUGAUCAGCUCCGAGAGGCGCAAAGAAAAGCAGAGAACGCUAUGAAGCAAGAACAGCAAAGACAUAAGGAGCAACAGGAAGAAAUGCAAAGACAACUGACGGAGCAGCUACGAGAGGCAGAAGAGGCACGAGCCUCUAUGCAAGCAGAGAUGCAGAUGAAGGAAACAGAGGCCGUUCGGCAGAGGCAGAGGAUUGUGGAGUUGGAAAAGCUGCAGGAACAUCUACAGGAAGCUCUAACCCAGGAGAUAAAAGCACGGCGUGAUGAGGAGGAGUACAGACAUGCUCAGGCCAAGUUGCUGAUACAAGAGGAGGAAAAACUGCGGGUGUUGCUCAAGAUGAGAGAAGAACAGACACAGUACGUGGAGCGUGCACAGCGAGAGAAGCAGGAGCUACAGCAGGAGAUGGAGCAGAAGAACAAGGAGCUACAGGAAGCCCAGCAGCAAUUAGAGGAUGUAAGGGAAAACAGGGAGAGAGCAGACAGAGAUGUGCAAGUGGCUCAAAAGAAACUAUACCAGGCGAGCACAAAUGUCCGACACUGGAAUGUCCAGAUGAACAGAUUAAUGCACCCGAUAUCACCGGGAGAGAAACGCAUUGCUUCUGCUGGUGGUUUCCAAGGAAUAUGGGGUGUGUCGCUCACCCGUCGAGAUUCAUCCUUAAAACGAUUACAGGCUUUAGAUGAUAAAGACCCCAAGCAAUCCAAGGAAAGCAACAAUCUAGAAUCAACUAUUUAAUCCACUGAUAAACCAACUGCCAUUAAAAAUAUAUAGCUAGAAGCUGUGUCUGUAUGUAUGUGUACACACCCUGACAAAUAUUUAGAGACCAUAGUAUUUACUAAAAAAAAAUCUAUAUAAUUGGUCCAAAAUUUUGCCUUUAUAAUCUGAAGGAAAAAAAAUCGUUUUUGGCCAAAUCUGAUCCCUCCGUUCUCCUAAACAGUAAGGCAAAUCCUAAUUUUUACUUCAAAUGCCAAAUAAGUAGUAUUUUAAGUGUGAACUGAUCCACUAUUCUUUUUUCAUAUAGUGAUUUCAAGAAACCGCAUGGUCACUGUCUUGAUACUAAUACCAUUCAGUAAAAACUCUAGAAUAUCAAUGUAAGAUGGUAUCAUGCUAGACUGCAGGACUUCUGUCGUGCAGCACCUACCCUCUGGAACACUCUCCCUCGUGCUGUCAAGCUUUGCCCUAAUCUUUCUUCCUUUAAAUGCUCUCUGAAGACUUUUCUGUUCAGAGAAGCCUUCCACCCAACUCAAUAAUAUUUCUCUUACCUAACAAUAUUUCCCUCACCUAACUCUGCAUUACCAUCUUUCUCAAACUUGCAGUCCUCACCUCCUGUUUCUCAACCUCCUACCCUUCUAGAUUGUAAGUUCCCACAGGAAUAGGGUCCUCAAUUCCUCCUGUAUGUGUUUGUAAAUUUUGUCCUGUAUCUUACAAGUCUUGUAUUGUUUUAUUUAAAUGAACUGUAUCCAUGGACAGCGCUGCAGAAUAUGAUGGCGCUUCAUAAAUGAAAAUGAAUAAUAAUAAUAAUAAUAAUAAUAAUAAUAAUAAAAAAUGGAUUAACACAAAAAAACAUACAGAAUAAUAACCAUGGAUACCCACUCAGAUACACUGCAUCAAACUACUCAAAAACACUGUAGCAUUUUUGUGCUAGCAAUAGGUGUAGCACCUCAACUCAAACGUUUUUUUAUGAAUUUAAUAAGCAUAUAUGUGUGUCUGUGUUUAUAUAUAUAAAAUUAGACACGUGCACAAUA